ACGUCAAUUGAUAAUCUAUCAUUUUCAUUUAACAAAACGAUAGAUUCUAUGAAAAUCCAUAACAUUUUGACUUUACUAUACAGUGUUUAUUGGAAUAGGAUUAUCUUAAUUUUCAUCAUAAAAUAAUGAACAUUGUCAAAUUAAUCUGAGGACAAUAGUGAUUUAAGAAUAUGGCGAGACCUGAAAAGCCCGCUAAGACGGGAUUUAUUAUAAAGCUUUCCUGCGAAACUGUUCAAAAAUUGACGGAAGAGGAGCAAAAAAGUAAGAUUAUUAAAGAAAAUAUCACAGAAGUAUCCGACAGCCUUUCUAAUAAACAAUCAAAUGAUAAAGAAAGUAACGAAGAUGUUCCACAUAUUACAACAAAACCAGAUUCUUCUAAAUCCAAAACAGGGGUUAAAUCCGAAGAUAUUUCAGAAACACCCACUAACGAUUCUUUAAAUAAAACGAGCAGUGAACAUGAAACUUCAGACUCUAAAUCAAUGGAAGAAUUGUAUGGUAACUAUGCCCCAUACAUAACCUACGAAAAUGAUGAGGCAAUAUAUACAGAUCCUACAACACAACAAAGAUUUACUUGGAACAAGGACUCAAACUCAUGGACUCCACUGCCAGGAGAUGUUCCAGGAAGAACUUACAGUUAUGAAAAUGACACUCAUGUCUAUACUGAAGCAGAUGGAUCGAAAAGUUUUUGGGAUGAUGAGAAGAAAGCAUGGAUACCUAAAGUAGAUGAUGAUUUUCUAGCAUUUUAUCAAAUGUCUUAUGGCUUUGUUGACAAUACAAGUAACGAAGAAACUAAAACAGAUAAUAAGAAAGAAGCCCAGAAAAAACUAGAACAAGGCGUUAAAAGGAAAAAUGAUCCUCAAUGGUUUCAACAAUCAGAAGAGAAAAACACUAAAGUCUAUGUAUCUAACUUGCCCCCAGAUACAACGGAAGAGGAUUUUGUUAAUCUAAUGCAAAAGUGUGGUCUUGUCGAACGAGACCCAAGCACUCAAAAGAUGAGGGUUAAGUUAUAUGUUGAUAAAGAGCAGAAUUGUUUUAAAGGAGAUGCUCUGUGUACAUAUAUUAAAAUUGAAUCGGUUGAUCUUGCACUCAAACUCCUUGAUGGUAGUGACUAUAAAGGCAAUAAGAUUAAAGUGGAAAAAGCACAUUUCCAGUUGAAAGGUGAAUACAAUCCAGCUUUAAAACCCAAAAAGAAAAAGAAAAAAGAAUUAGAGAAAAUAAAGAAAAUGCAACAAAAGUUAUUCGAUUGGAGACCCGAGAAGUUUAUCGGAGAGAGAUCUAAACACGAGAAAGUUGUAAUAGUUAAAAAUCUAUUUCAUCCCUCUGAUUUCGAUAACGAUGUGCAGCUUAUAUUAGAUUAUCAGCAGGACUUAAGGGAAGAAUGUGGUAAAUGCGGUGAUGUUCGAAAGGUAGUUAUUUAUGACAGACAUCCAGAGGGUGUUGCUCAGAUAUCAAUGAAAGAGCCAGAACAGGCAGAUGCUGUCAUUCAACUUAUCAAUGGUAGAUGGUUUGGUAAACGUCAAAUUACAGCUGAAACAUGGGAUGGUCGAACAAAAUUCAGAAUAGCUGAAACUGAUGCUGCUUUAAAUCAAAGAAUCAACAAAUGGGAUAAAUUUCUGGAGGGAGAAGAGGGAGCCAAAGCAGAAAAGAAGUCUGACGAUGCAUUGAUAACUUCUGUAAAUAAUCCCCCAGACGAGAGCACUCUUGAAGCAUCUGAAAAAGAAAAAAUGGAUUGCAAAUCUUCAGAAAGUGAUAAUUUAACGUGUAAAUAAUAUAGAAUGUGUUUUGUUCUAAAUAAAAUUUAAGAAAAAUAUAUA